AUGUUUCCAUCACCGGUGAUCGGUCUUCCGCCCACCACCCUCCUUGUCAAGGUCGACGUCGCUCCGCAGUUGGCAGACAUCCACAAGGAGUUCGCGCCUCUUCUACGCCUCUCCGGUGUAUGCACUGCGAGUAGCAGCAGCACCGCUGCGGGGCCCAACAACACCAGCUCCGGAGCCGGGGUGAACAGCGGCGGGCUAUCCGGCAGCGAGGAGGAGGACCUGCGUGGCAGGCGCAGUCCAGCCGCGUCUCCUGUGCGCACCGCUGAGAACAGGCUCGCCGAGCUCAUGGCUCCGGUCAUGGUGACGUUGCCGCCGCCCAUGUCCAACGAGGAUGCUGCCUCUAUUGCUCAUUACGUGCGCCGCUUCCAUGUGCAGGAGGAGUACGAGCGCUCUUACAUCGCUCUCAUCUUCCAGGAGUACAAGAAGCGGAAGAGCAUGGAGCAGAAGUGGGAGAACGACUUGUCGUCGUGGCGGAGUGAGCUGAAGCAGCUGCAGCAGAGGGAGCUGCCGCCUGAGGUGCGCGCUGCCGCGAGUGUCAUCGUAUCCGAAGAAGCGGCGGCCCGGAAGGCGGUACAGGACGCUUACGACAAGUUCCUGAAGUGGGUUGUGGAGACGGUGCCGCAGUGGAUUGAGGCGGCGCAGCGGCUGGAGCAGCAGCGGGUAGACAACGAGAACGCGAAGAAGGCCGCUAUGGCGGCUGCGCGCGAGGCGCUAGCGCAUGAACUAGCCAUGGGGAAGCACCUGAGCGACCCGAGCAGCCGCACUUGCUCCCAGAACGCCGGUGCCGUGACGGGACUCCGCGAGGACGGCGUCCUCUCCUACGAGCCGGCUGUCUCCGUGGAGACACAGGUGCAGGCGUCUCGCGAGGCCACUGAGGCGCUUUCUCCCACGGAACUGCGCCGAAAGGCCAUCUGCAUGUUGGAGGCAGAGGAGGCGGAGAUGAAGCGCCGCCGCGAGGAGCAGCUGCGCCUGCUGCGCGUGCAGGAAGAGCAGCUGCUCGCAGAGAUAGCGCUCAAGGAAAAGCACAAGCAGGAGGAGGCUGAGCGACGCCAGCGCGAAGCUGACCAGAAACGGAAGGACGAACUAGCGCGGCGGUAUGAUGCGCUGCUGAAAGAAGAAUUUACCCUGCAGAGCCGUAUGCGGGAGCGAGAAGAGAUGGAGGCGCGGCAGGAGGCGGAGCGACGUGCAAAGUUGGCACAGGUGGCAGCCGAAGAGGAGGAACUGCGGCGGCGUAUACAAGAGACAGAGGACCGCCGUAAGGCCUCAGAAGAGGAGGCGGCACGUGUGGCGCGGGAUAAGAAGAUGCGCGAAGUACGUGAGAAGGAGGAGAUGCUGCGGCAGCGCAUCGCGGAGCGCGCGGAAGCCGCGGAGGCAGAGCGACUUGAUCGGGAAGCUGAGGCCCGCAUUCACGCUGAGGCCGAAGCGGUGCGUACUCAACAAGAGGAGGCACUUCGUCAGGCCAGAAUGCAGCAGCAGGAGAGGGAGAAGAAGCAACAGCUUGCCUACUUGCGCGAUCAGGAGGAGGCGUACAAACGGCGCAUCCGAGAGAAGGAGCUGGCCGAGAUUGAAGAGAAGCGACGUGUCGCGGAGUCGCAGUGGCAGUACAGUGCAGCGACCACGUCAGCCUCGGCCGGCCACUCUGUCUCUUCCACGUCCGCCACCCCACUCGUCAUGCCGCCAACUGCCGCCCUUCCAGCCCCGCACCUGAUGGCGCCGCAGAUUCCCAUGAACUCGUACGCCACUGCUAUGCCCUCGCACGCAUACCAGCCGGUACCGGCGGCGCCGGCACCCUCUACGGUAGCACCUGGUGGCUGCUACCUCUAUCCCAACCCAGUGGCAACAGUCGUGCCAACAGCGGGAAUGCCGCCGCCUUCGCGCCCUGAGUACGGCGUCUAUCCAUUCGCUCAGCCGCCGUACGUACCGGUGGCCCAACAGUACCCUCAGCCCUACCCACCCGCUACCGUGGGGUACUACCCGGGCGUACCGCAAGGCGGAGCUCCACCAGGAGUAAUGACGCUGCAGCCAUCGCCAUACUCGCCUGCGGCCAUGCAUACUCUCUAA